CAAACUACAAUAGUAUCACAUUCCAAAAUACAAACUCUUUGUGAACGACGAAAUAAAAUGAAUAGUGUAAACUGGAAUUGGAAUAACUUUCUUGUGUUACUUAUUUUCUGCAUUAUUUUACCAUUAUCCAGUGCAAAUGAUAUCAAUAAAUUAUCAACAAAUGAUGUAACACUUAAUUAUCAAUUAUCGGACAGUACGAUUCCUAAACAUUAUGUAAUUCAUAUACAACCUUUCCUCGAUCCAACCCAUGGCGAAAAAUAUUUAACGUUCGAUGGUAAUGUUGAGAUCACAUUAGUGGCACAAUAUCCGACAAAUAUGAUUGAAUUAAAUGUUAAAAAUUUAAAAAUUGAUAAAUGUAAAACAAAUUUAACACAACUGAAUGAAGAAAUACCAAUAAAAAUACAAAAAGAAGAAUUACAGAAAGAUGUUGAAAAAUAUGUGAUUACAACGGAGGAUUAUUUACAAAAAGGCAUUAAUUAUGUUCUAAAAUUAUCAUAUGUGGGCACAUUAAAUAACACUGAUUUUAAAGGAUUUUACAUCACAUCAUAUACAAUUAAUAGCACCAAAAUAGAAUUUGCUACAACAAUGUUUUUUGAUGGAGCAAGAAGGGUGAUUCCAAGCUACGAUGAAAGUGGAAUACGAGCCACCUACGAAAUUUCAAUAAGAGCUCAUAAAAGCUUUCAAACAAUUAUUUCAAACACAAAUAUUAAAGAUGUUAAAACUGAAGGAAAUUGGACUGUAACAAGUUUUGAGAAGACAAAAGUCUCUUUUCCAAUAUAUUUGUUAGCAUUUGUGGUGUCAAAUUUAGAAAAAGUAUCGAACAAUAAAAGUUCAAUGAGUGUGUAUACUCAACCAAAAUAUGUUUCAUGCGCAAAUCGAAGUUUAGUCUUUGGCGAAAAAGUGAUCCAAGAGAUUAAUACUUUCCUACUGGGUGAUUUAGAUUACUUUAUUUAUAUGGAUAAAUUGGAUCAAGUUGGGAUUCCACAAUUUUCGUAUGGUGCUAUGGAAAAUUGGGGUCUAGUUAUUUCGAAAGAGCAAAAAUUAUUAUGGGAUGAGAAAACAUCAACGACUUUGGAGAAAGAAUCUGUCUAUUUAACAAUAACUCAUGAAUUUUCACAUCAGUGGUUUGGAAAUUUAGUGUCACCUUCAUGGUGGAAAUAUGCUUGGUUGAGUGAAAGUUUUGCUACGUACCUUCAAUAUGUAGUAGCGGACGAAGCAAUAAAAAAGUUAGAUGAACCUUUCUACGAAAAUGAUUGGCGAUUAAAUGAACAUUUUGCAAUUCAUGUGCGUCAAGUUGUAUUUAAUUUUGAUAGCUUAACAUCCAGUCAUCCAAUGACUCAUUUUGUUGAAACACCAAAAGAAUUUGUUAGUUUGUUCGAUAUGAUAAUUUACCAAAAAGGAGCAUCCGUUCUUUGGAUGAUGGAACAUAUUCUAUCAAGGGUAGUUUUACAACGUGGUUUAAAUUUGUAUUUAAAAACAAAUCAACUAUCUUCAGGAACACCAAAUAAAUUAUGGGAUGCGUUGCAAGAAGCACAUGAACAAUAUUCUCUAGAAAACCCAGAAGCUGCAUCGAAGCUAGGACGAUUGAGUGUUCAUGAUAUUGGUAAUUCAUGGUCCUUACAACCUGGUUACCCAAUGGUGACUGUUACAAAGGUCAAGAAGAUUGUUAAAUUGGAGCAGAAACGAUUCUUAACCGAUUCAAGAAAUGAAUCGGACACAGUUUACUUAAUUCCAAUUAAUUACUUAUUAGGAAGCGAAUUAAAAGAUUUAAAAGAAGUAAGUACGCAACCAAAACAUUUCUUAACAUCUAAAUCGCGACAUAUUGAAGUUGAACAAGAAGAUGACUUUAUACUAGUAAAUAAUCUACAAACAGGUUACUAUCGCGUUAAUUAUGAUAAGGAAAAUUGGGAAAAAAUUAUCGAAUACACUAACAAAACAGAAAAUGUGAAAAAUUUGAAACCUGUGACCUUAUCUCAACUUAUUGAUGACACUUUUACAUUUUCUCGUAUUGGAUUAUUACCAUACAAUUAUACUUUAAAAUUAGCCGAAUUAUUACAACACGUAGAUGAUUAUGUGCCAUGGUAUGCUGCUAUCAAACAUCUUAAAAGUUUGAAUGUACUUUUAUGUGGAACUCGGACUGAAUAUAAUUAUAUGGAAUUUCAAAGAACGCUGCUAAAAAAUGUCUUUGAAAGAAUAAUAUCAUAUACCAUGAAUGAUGAAACUACUCAUGCGAACAAAUUGAAACGUGCGCUGUUAUUCAAACAUUCAUGCGAUGUUAAUAUAAGAGAUUGUCGAAACAUAACAAAAAAUUUAUUACAAGAACACAUUGUUACAAAGAAAUCAAUUAUACCAGAUGACCAACUAACAAUAUAUUGUGGAGGUGCAAGAGAAACUGAUGAAAAAACUUAUACUGCACUAUUAUCACGAUACGAAGACAUUGAGGAGGAAACUGAAAAGAAAAAUUUAAUCCUUGGAAUGGGUUGUAUGAAUGAUAAAUUAUUAUUACAAAAGUUGAUAACCGAAACAUUUAAUAAAACUACUAAAAUAAAGAACCAUAUCUUAGAAGUCUACCUAGGAAUCAUUGAUAGUGGACUGAAUGGAUUAAAUGUGGUCUUGGAAAUAUUCAUCAGCCAAUUCAAAGUUAUUGAAAGGAAUAUCGGAGAGAAAAAUAUUUUAGCUAUCUUGAAUGCAUUUGGAGAAAAAUGUGCUUCAUCUCAUCAUUUAAAAUUGUUUAAAAAAUUAAAUAAUUUAAUAAAAGACGAUUUAAAAUAUAGCGAAAGUCUGAAAUCAAUUGAAUGGAAAAUUCAACAACGAAUUAACUGGAACAUUAAGUAUGCAAGAGAAAUUAAUGAUUGGUUAAUAAGUAAUAAAUAUAUUCCAAAUAUUUGCUCAAUAGCAUUAAGUUUAUAG